CUGGUUUUGUGAAUGCGACUUGAUGGAGAGAGGUUCAGUGUAGGAGAUCGAAAAUUUCAAGUUGCAAUUGUGAUCGGCGCAAUGCAACUGUUAAAAUUUGAGAUCCUCUUCACAACCUGCUACAAGUUGCAAUAUGCUGAAACCAGGAUGCGAUGAUGUUCCGUACGAGGCGGAGUAGAUGCUAGAAAAGGUUGUUCGGUUGAAAUAGGACACAAACGGCCGAAGUUUGAGUUGGGAAUUCGUAAUCACAAAAGUUGAAGUCAAUUAGUUUGUCAAGAAGCGGAAAAGGCUUCCAAUCAUGAUGAAGCUACCAAAGGACAUUGUCUAUUCUGAAGUAGAGAACAAGCAUGGGUCGAUAUUCGUUUCUUCGCAGGCUCCAAUGACCACUUUGGUUCACUGUACAGCACAUAACCAAGAAGGGCCCAAAUUUCCAUGCGAUCAUGUGCUUCGGGUUCACCACAUAAAUAGGACACGCACACGUCCUUUCCACCUGAUUGACUCUUUACAUGCAGCUGCAUAUCAACAUAGGUCCCAGUGGACCAUGUACCCUUGGAAUGUUCCUGCUGUGCAAUUAGGACAUAGUCCCUUUUCUCAAUGAGAGACUGCUCUGUCGUCACUGCCUCUACUGCUCUUAUAGCCCUGUACUUUGUGCUCUGUGUAUGCUAGUCAAAUAAUCUUUAUGUGAUUUUCAUACUGCAAUUUACAUUGAUCUAAAUAUUCAUUCUCAGGUGUUGGAGAGCAUCGAUUAUGUGAAGGGAGUAAGGGGCACCAUACGAACGAACAUACGAAAAAAGGCAGACUCGUCUGUCGCAUUCACUUGGAGAGAACCCGCUGAUGAAGUCCUUCGUUGAGAAACGUAUCGCAAACAAAUUUAGUUCCAGUUGUAUACUCUUUGCCCAAUGCCCAGAUUCAGUUCUUCAAGCUCAUGCGAUUGCCAUUUGGAAUCCGUGUCAACCGUUUUACCCCAACAACAGAGUCUUUCCCAGUGCUUCAUGCUGGCCUCGUUGAGGUUCAUCUGUGACUUGUUCAUCGUCGGCCCCGUAAUCUCUACAACUGACAUCUUCGAUCUCAAGUGCAAGAUGCCAACGUCUGACGAACAUGAUCUGAUGUCUCGGCCGGUUCGAGUGACCAGGCUCUUCUGAAGAUCAUGGACACGUUUGAUGUUCUCACAUGCUCGUGAAACCGGAUUUUGCUCUCUUAGGCGGUUGUUUCCCUCCAUAUAUCAAACACAGUCUGAUCUGAAAUCAGGAGACGCUGCUUGCACGAUUGACGAGGAUGGACCAGAAGAGUAGACGGCUUUCGUCUCGGAAGGGUGUUCAGAUACUGAGUGAAGGAAACUUCAUGAAACGUCUAAUCUCAAGGCCCAUGAGGAAAGCAUUGGAGUUUGUCGAAGAAAACGGAUGUCUGCCGUAUCUGGGCCGUGAGGAGUUUGCAGGCUUAUUCAAAGUAGGAAACUUCCCGUCAGCUCGACGUGCAGAUAUGCGGUUGCAGAUCCUUGCUGCGUUGGGAAAGUGCAGGAUGUUGAAAGUCUUAGAUACAGUUAAUCUCAACACCUGUGAACUGACUGUUCCCGAAUGGGAAGCCUUCCUGACACCACUGCAGUAUAAUCCGGGGCUGGAGGAAGUGCAUUUCCAUCCACUCGCAUGUGUCGAGACAGAGGUGGCUAUAGGUAUCCAAUGGAGGAAGAUACUUGGAAACGCGCAAGGCAUGAAAAGGUUAGUUGUCAAGGCUGGUGAGAAGCUCCAUGAUGUGCAGGGCAACACAGGGCCCGUGCAAGUGAGGGAAUCAAUUCUUACACAACUUGCCUUGGGGCUGAAAGACAAUCCCUGCCCUCGGAUAGAAUAUCUUGAAAUCUCAGAUUGGUACACAGGGAGAGCAGCUAUUCCGAUAGGUCAAAUCAUUUCCUGCUUACCGAAACUUCGUAAUCUUUUGUUGAGCGGCACUUGCAUGCUAGAAGAAAAUGAGGUGGACGGGUUGUCUGAAGGCUUGAUGAAGAGCAGGAGUUUACGGCAAUUGAGGAUUAGAGAUGCAGAAAAAGGAAUGGCAGAUGUUUUGUUGAAGGCCUUCUCAGAAACUUGCACGCUCGACCAGCUUAAUUUGGAAAAUCAAAUUCAGGGAUUGGAAGAAUCGCUGCCUCUUUUGCUGUCAACCAGUCUCACGCACAUCAAUUUACUGAACUGCAGUCAGUGGCAGUUCGAUUUUCACAAAGCUGAUUGCGAUCAGUGGAAAGUUGCUGGCACUCACUUCCUCCGUGCUUCCAUUGUGAAAGAUUGCAAGUGGGUUUUUUCCGACCUUCUGAAGUCGAAUUUUGAAUGUCUGGUAGAUGGCUUGAGGAUGUUCUGGGGCGAUAGCCCUGAAAAACCUCUGAUCAAUCUCAGUAUCGUAGUGACCCCGGAGUGUAGCGAUAUCAGUGAAUCACAUGAGUUUCUUUCUGUAGCCCUUAGUAAUACCUUCCUCACCGAUCUUCACAUCGACCAGAGAUCUGAUCAGUCGAGACUCUACGGCUAUGACCACACCUUCGAGUACAGCAUUCAGAGUAGAGGGAUCGAUCCUGGACAUCAGAAACUGGUGAUCUCUUUUGCUCCAGACGAAUUUGGAGGUGUGUGGGAGAAGUUGAUACCUUGUCUACAAAACAACGAUUGCCAAAGCAUCCAGCGUCUUUGUUUGGAAGGUUGCGAACUCGAUGAGAAUCGGUCACGAGAUUUAAAGGAGCUCAAUAGACUCAUCCCAACGAUAGAGGUGAAUGGCAUCCCAUGGGAGCAUGAUAACGAGAUGUUCCAGGGAGCUAUCGUGUUGGCAAGCUAGUUCCUGAUAUUGCCAAAUGCCAAAUGGUCUAUGAUUUGAUGAAGGCAAAACAGUUUCUCUGAGCAAUAUUCCAGCAGGCUACAUGCUACGGCCUCUUACAAGCAUGACGCGGACGGCAUUCUGAAAACUUCUACCAUGAGAGGCUUGCAGUCGUCUCGGGAAGGUGAUAAUCAGGUCAUUUUGCUCCCAACUGGCCAACCGGAAGCACAUUGCUACGGCUAAUAGGUCUCGAUCAUGAGACUGACCAGCAAUGUGAAAAGGAGAUCCAUCUGAGAAUGGAUGGCUCUCCCGGCGUAAGUCAAUUCUGGACGCUCAAUGGAAAACUGUCAGCCAGGAGGACGUACAGAGCAUGCUGCCCCAACUGGAUCUAUGCCACAAACUCAAGACAGAAGAGAAAACAUGGUGUUCUUUUGUUCCCAAUAUCAUUGAGGCGCAGCGGAGGAGGCUAUUGCUGAAGGAAGUAUGGAAAGGUAUAAGCUGAAGUAGGAUUCAAUCUGAUCUAACUGAUGCGCAGGGACUCAGAGAAGACGUCCUUGGUCCACCUUCUGUCCCCGCUUCCAGAAUCGACUUUGAUCGUAUCUCGGUGCACCAACGUACAAGUCACGUUCGCCUGUGGAGACGUGGAGGUGUACGAUGAUUCUCAUCACAUUUCUGUCGAAAGUGCCGGAAUGACAGAACACCAUGUAGAUUUAUCAUCGUUAAAUGAUCCAAGAAACGCGAGCCAUCCUUCUAGUUUGUCAAGGGCGUGAGUCAACCCCAAGAGCACAGAGGCGAGACACAAGCUGUGGCCGCCGAGAAGCACAAGAAUCAGUUCAAGGCUGCUGGGACGAUAAUUCUCGAAAGGUGCAUAGGAUACAAGAGUUAAACCUCCCAAUGCUGUCUACUCGUCUCCAUGACAUAAAAUUCCAUAAUCAUUAGUGUGUAACUUGUAAAUCUGCUCAAUAAAAACAAUUAGUGACAGUUUGAAAUCUAAUUUAGGAAGUAAAAUUCCUAUCAUGAUCACAAUACAUAGUUGUGAAAAAGAAGAAUGUGGCAUACUUGUAUUUAAAAGCUUAUCUCAACAAUUCAAUCUUUCU